GACCUCGGCCCGGAAUGCCGCUCGGCUCGCCCCGGGCUCACGUCCCGAUCCCGGCUUGAGUGGCCCGGGGUGGGUGACCUGAAGUUGUAGCCUCGCUGCUCUCGAGGCGGAUAAUUAGCCCAAGAAACACUAUAUUCAUUUUUCUGGAUAUGCCGCAGAAGGAUCCGUGCCAGAAACAAGCCUGUGAAAUACAGAAAUGUUUACAAGCCAACAACUACAUGGAAUCUAAGUGUCAGGCUGUCAUCCAAGAACUGCGUAAGUGUUGUGCUCGAUAUCCCAAGGGAAGAUCUCUCGUCUGUUCAGGAUUUGAGAAAGAAGAGGAAGAAAAGCUGACGCUGAAGCCCACAUGACAGUAAAGUUCUGCUGAGAAGCAAACUGCUGCCCCACAUUUCCACCACGCGGGUUUUAUCUAUCCUCCUGACUCUUUCUUCAGGCCAGGUAGCAGCAAAUAUCAAAUGAAAAAGUCAACUAUAAAAGUUAAUAUGCCAUCUAUGCAGAACAAAUAUAAAUAUAUUAAACAAAUAAGUAGAAUGUGAUAAAACUGAGCUGCUAAAAUAAACCUUUUAAGUGAAAA